CUACAGACCCUGAAUGGUGCUCCCAUUCCACAGGAGCUCACUCCUCUACUUGAAAAAGAAAGAGAUGGAUUACGGUGCCAAGGCAACAGAUCCCCUGUCCCGGAUGUUGAGGAUCCCGCAACCGAGGAGCCUGGGGAGAGCUUUUGUGACGAGGUCAUGAGAUGGUUCCAGGCCAUGCUGCAGCGGCUGCAGACCUGGUGGCACGGCGUUCUGGCCUGGGUGAAGGAGAAGGUGGUGGCCCUGGUCCAUGCAGUGCAGGCCCUCUGGAAAGAGUUCCAGAGUUUCUGCUGCUCUCUGUCAGAGCUCUUCAUGUCCUCUUUUCAGUCCUAUGGAGCCCCACGGGGGGGCAAGGAGGAGCUGACACCCCAGAAGUGCUCUGAACCCCAAUCCUCAAAAUGAAGAUACUGACACCACCUUUGCCCUCCCCGUCACCGUGCACCCACCCUGACCCCUCCCUCAGCUGUCCUGUGCCCCGCCCC